AUGCCACCAAAGAAGGCUGCCGCUACCACAGAGAAGCCGCGUUUGGGCCGUCCUUCGAAUAACCUGAGGAUGGGCAUUGUCGGCCUGCCCAACGUCGGCAAGUCUACCCUGUUCAACACGAUUGCCAAGUGCGAUCUCGGCAAAGCGGCCAAUUUUCCAUACGCGACGAUCGAGCCGGAAGAGGCACGCGUUCCUGUCCCUGACGACCGUUUUCUCUGGCUUGUCGACGCCUACAAGCCCAAAUCCGAGGUGCCCGCGUUUUUGACAUGUAUCGAUAUUGCGGGGCUUACCGCCGGUGCAAGCACUGGUGUCGGUCUAGGUAACUCUUUCUUGUCCAAUGUGCGCAAUGUGGAUGGGAUCUUCCAGGUGAUCCGCGCGUUUGACGACGCAGACAUUAUCCAUGUUGAGGGCGAUGUGGACCCAACGCGCGACAUGAAUAUCAUCUCCACCGAGCUGCGCCUUAAGGAUAUUGAGUGGGCCGAAAAAGCGCUUGAUGAGGCACGCAAGAACGCACGAUCUGCCGGGAACAACUCGCUCGAGGACCGCAAGAAAAAGGAGGAGGUCGCCGUUAUUGAAAAGAUUCUCAAGGUGCUCAAGGAGGACGACAUGGACGUGCGCAAGGGAGACUGGAACGGCAAGGAGGUCGAACUGAUCAACACGCUGCGCCUGCUUACCGCCAAGCCUGUCAUUUACCUAGUCAACCUGAGCGAGCGCGACUAUGCACGCAAGAAGAAUAAAUGGCUCCCCAAGAUCAAAGAGUGGAUCGACCAGAACAAUCCCGGCGAUCUUUUGAUUCCGUUCUCGGCCGCACUUGAGGAGCAGCUGUACGUGAAGGAUGAAGACGAACAAGGACAGCAAGAGUACCUCAAAACCAUGGGCGAGGGCGUUGCAAGUGCGCUGCCCAAGAUCACCAAGAGUGGUUAUGAUAGUCUCGACUUGAUUCGCUACUUCACCGCCGGGCCCGAUGAGGUGCGCGCCUGGUCGAUCCGCCGCGGUCUCAAGGCGCCGCAGGCCGCUGGUGUGAUUCACACCGACUUUGAGAACAAGUUUGUGUGUGGCGAGAUUAUGUCGUUUGAAGACCUCAAAGCUGCCGGCAGCGAAAAUGCCGUGCGUGCCGCCGGCAAGCUCUCACAGAAAGGCAAGACGUACGAGAUGGUCGACGGUGACAUCGCACACUGGAAGGCCGGUGCAUAA